CCGAUUUCGGUUAUGGUACGAACAAAUGCGAUACCUUGGGAAAUGACAAGCUCCUUGACAAGUUUAUGCGGAGAAGCUGGGGUCGCUUCUGUGAGGUUUAUUCUCCGAUGUUCAUUCCUUUGUUCAUUCUUUUGGGCGGUAUUAAAUGGACAUCGAGAGUCUCAACUCUAAUCCACCCUCGAUCUUUUUAAGUUUCAGAGGUAUGUUAUUGGGUGCCUGGAAUGGGCUCGAUGCAUCUGCGGAGUGUGCGGAGAUAUGGAAUUCCAGCUGGAAGCCAUGGUUCGAUAAGCGGAAGACCCGUUGCUUCGUUGACUUCGGGUGUUAGCGUAGAAAGAGAAGACAUCGUCACUCCGUAAGCGAGCAGCUCUACCGAAGCUUCCCCGAG